GCUGUGCAUCGGGCGGGUAAACUCGUAACCCGCCCAUGAAGUCAAAGCGAGACCACCUCAACGACGUUGCCAUGGCACAGUUCUACGACAAAGCGACUGGGAUCACUGCGCUCGUGGCGGAGAUCCGACAGCAUGGAGAAGAGAGGAACGAGGUAACCAAAGCGAUGGUAGCCCACGGAGAGCCUUUCACGCACAAUGGAUGGACGUUUGUGGCACACAAGAGUCACAUCACGCCUCUGCAAGCGUUGGACGAACUGGGCAACUCGAUCGGCAUGACGCCGCCAGAGAUGGUGUUUGGGGGGAACCAGCUCCUUCUUCUGCAUCAAGCGUCUGGGUUGGCCCUUUCGUUUUUGGCAGUUGAAGCGCUAUCCUGCUGUCACUUUAAGUCGGGGAGCGACGCACAGCAGCUCAAGGUCUCUAUGGCACGUGCCCAAGGCGCAGUGACGACCGACGACGUAAAGGAGCUCGAGAUCUCGUACGACUGGACCUACACGAGUGACUACAAGGGCACGUUGGCGCGUGUGAACGCUCAGGGCAUUGCAGACACUGCCCACGGCGCUGUGCGUGCGAUCACGACAACAGAUCGUAUCGAUUUCGAAAAGCUGAAAGUCCGCGAGGACAUUCUAUGGAUGGAAGAUGUUAGCUUGUACGAGGACGAGCUCCAUGACCAUGGCGUGUCGGUCUUUUCCGUUCGCAUUCGCGUUAUGCCAUCGGGGUUCUAUGUCCUGGCGCGAUACUGGAUGCGCUUGGACAAUGUCGUCGUUCGCCUCAACGAGACCCGCAUCCACCAUGUCUUUGGCACCGACUUCAUGUUGCGAGAGUUCACAGCAAAGGAGGUCGCCUUCGACACCCUGUUUGCAGCUGGCCACCCAACCCACAUGUCGAACUACACGAACAUCGAUACCUUCCAGCACCUCUUGCCGACGAAGUCAUCGCAGUUUGAGAAGAUCUUGCUCCAAUAGCAGCGGCGAAUGUGCCGCGCAGUCGCCGGCCACAGAUUUGAGCAGUGAUGGAUCAUCACUCUCGGGUUUCGAUGAUCCUUUUUAAAAAGUGAAAUUUGAUCUUGUGUCAAAUUGAAUAAAAAUACCUACAAUUUUGUAGGGAUAAUAUUGCUUCA